CCCAUAGCAGGGUAGUUCGGUGGAUAGUUUCUCUACCCCCUCUCUCUCUCUCCUCUUUCUCUCUCUAGAAAUUACACCACUUCCUUCUCUAAAACCAAACCAAUACACUCACAAACCCUGUAUCUACACCCCAAUAUUAAAAGCCCUAAUUCAAUUUCCCUAAUUUCAUACUUUUUCGACCUUAAUUUCUCCAUCAAAGUGAAUGGACCCUAAUUCAUGGACUCGUUUAUCCACUUCGAUUUCUUCUUCAAGGCGAUAUCAAUCUCGAUCAGCAGACGCAUUUCAUCUCGUGGAAGAAACUGAUGUCGAUGAGCCGAGGCCCGAGUACUUGUGCCCGUUCUGUGCAGAGGAUUUUGACAUUGUGGGUCUUUGUUGUCACAUUGACGAAGAGCAUACACUUCAAGCAAAAAAUGGGGUAUGUCCAAUAUGUGCAAAAAGGGUGGGAGCCGGUUUGGUCAGCCAUAUCACCAUGCAGCAUGGAAGUCUUCUUAAGGUUCAACGCAAGAGGAGAAUCCGUAGAGUUGGAUCAAACUCAACUUAUUCUGCUUUAAAGAGAGAGUUACGCGAAGGAAACCUACACGCUUUUCUUGGUGGCUCAUCGUUCUCGGGCAUGUCAUCCGUCAACACAGAGCCCGACCCGUUGUUAUCUUCUUUCAUGUACAAUAAUGUUGUGGACCCAUCACAAGAUCAAACUCGUUCCUCUACCGAAGCAAUAUCGGUAGUUGAAAGCUCAAAUAAAGAUUUCGUGGCAAGGAGUGAAAAACAUCAGGUUGCUGGUGAAGAUCAGGAGGAAAAGGCUAGGAGAAGUGAGUUUGUGCAAGGGCUGCUGCUGUCAUCUUUCUUAAAUGAUGAUUUAUAAGCACCUACUAAAACUUUAAAAUGCUACAUAAUAAUAAUAAAUCUACUGUCAAGUAAAAAAUCUGUACUAUGAGCUAAGUUUCUAUAAUCAAAGGAAUGAAUGUCUUCUAUUGUAUUUAUAAUCUUUAUUAUAGUAUGCAUAUGCUUAAUUGA